AUGGCAACGCAUCCAGGGAGAAUGGCUAGGGGAACGGUGGUGUACAUUCCUGCAAUUGCUGCGAACUUAAUCCAGGCAGGCGAGCAGAUCCCUGGUGCUGUUAUCCAACCAGCAGGGGCAGGACAAUACAUGCCAUAUGUUGGCCAGCAGGUUGGAAGCCCCAGCAACCAACCUCAACACGUGAAGACAUGGGAAAAACUCCUCAAAAUGGAGACCAAGACUCUGGGGGUAAGUGUGUCAGAUCUGCUCACAUUUAGGUGCAUCGUGAGCAGUCUGUUUUUCUAGAAAAAGAGGUGAUGGAACUCACCAUGAACAUCUCCCUUUUUCUCUUAUACAGUCGUGCCUUGGAAGUCGAACGGAAUCCGUUCUGGAAAUCCGUUCGACUUCCAAAACGUUCAGAAACCAAAGCAUGGCUUCGGAUUGGCUGCAGGAUGAUGGUGCCAAAAAUAUAAUAGGAAGGAUAAUAAGACAUUUUUACAUAGAAAUUGGUUCAGAAAGGUGGUGCCAAAAGAGAUAAUCCAGAUCAGCCUUCCCAGACAGCCCCAGACAGCAUGGUCAGUGAUCAGGGGUGAUGUGAGUUCUAGCCCAAAAUAUCCAGAGGGCAAGAAUUUGAGGAAGACUCAUACAGAUUAUUCUCAGAUUUUCUAUGAAUUCAAGAUGCUUGCCCCUAUUGGCUGACUCAGUGACUGAUCGACUGGGGCAUGGGGACACUGAGAUGGACAUUACAGGAGUUCUUAACAAGUCAGCUAGUAGUCUAAGGGAGAAGAUUACUUCCUCACCCCCAAACAGAGGGGGAAUAGUGUAUUCCCAAAAGUGAUUGAAUUACUCCCAUAUUAAUUCAAAAUAGGAAUUUUGAGACACUUAUUUCUAAAUGAUUGCUAGAAAACACAUCUGAAGGGGGGCUCCUGCAAAAUAUGGGUCCCUCUAUCAGUUGAGGUAAUGGCAAGUCAUCCAUAAAGUUUAGCACACAUUUACAUAGGUUUAUGGCACUGAUUACUAUAUGUAAGUGAGAUAGUUGAAAAUAUAUUCCUGGAUAUGGGGAGCAAAAACUGUAGACAAAAUGUUUAAGGCUCAUAGAAGCCAAUGGGUAAAUAGGUGGCAAUUUCAGGGAACUUUUCUGGGACCAGGAAAAAUUCUUAAAAGUUCUGGUUUUGCACUAAUGGAAAAUUCAGGUUUGCAAAUGAGCAUCACUCUGUGUAUCAGUUUUACAGAUCUAAUCAGUUCAUUUCAAACAUAGCCAGUCUGUAGCAAUGCCAAUCCUAUGCAUGCUUAUACUGAUUUCCUCCCUUCUCUUUCUGGCUUGUGUUUGUUACCUCAUAAUGAGGCAGAUACUAGUCCCAAUAUUAGUCUGUCUGGCUAUAAUCUAAUGCCUUUCUCUGAAUUCCUCUCACCCCACCUUUAUGCAGCCUAUAUAUCUAUAUGCACAUGGUGUUCUCUCUAGCCUCUUGAGAAGUUAUCUUUUUUUUUUAAAUUUAUUUACCCAAAGGAAUAAACAGACCAAUCUUUCUGGAUGUUUUUCACAUUGUGCUAAUGAGUAAAAAUUCAUGUUUUUUGAAGAACGAGCAGAAUUAUUUUACCUUGUUUGCACAUUUUCUUCCCAUAGACUGUCCAGAUCUUAAUUGGAUUAAUGCAAAUCGGCUUUGGAGCGCUCCUACUUUUUCUUAUUGGUCACUCCUAUAUAUCUUUUGCUGCUGUUGGAGGUUAUCCAUUUUGGGGUGGAGCAUUUGUAAGUAGUAUUUCAAUUACCUUUGAGAGCCAUUGUUUUUCUGUGUUUCUGAUUAUGAAUCCAGAGUUUUGAAAGGGUAUCUAUUUUCUAACUUAUCAAGCUGUUGACCUUUCGUAUGUAGAGAAUGAGUGAUUGGUGUGACUAAUCUACACAAUAAAAUAAAGAGAGAAGAGGUACUAUUAUUUCAUUAUAACUCAGUUUUUUUCUCAAUUGAGAGUAUGUUUUGGAUUUUUUGAAGUGAGCUGCAGUUAAACACAUAUUUUUUCCCCUUGUUUUGUACAGUUCAUUGUUUCAGGAAGCAUGUCGAUGUCAGCAGAGAAACAUCAAACACGCUGUCUGGUGAGAGAGAAAGAUCAAUAACAGUCAAUCUUAAUGGCUGGGAAGCACUAUUGAUCAUGCUACUGAUAGUAAAGGAGAAAUAUUAAUUUAUUUAGCAGUAAUGAUAAAUACAGCUUCAUUUAUGUGUGACCCUAAAAUUCUGCAUGCCCCGCAAACCAAUGCCAAAGUUUUGUGCUAGCUUUGUGCUGUUUUCUGCUGUGAACCCCGCAUUUUGUGCUGCCCCCCAAACCGAGUAACUGACAAAGUAAAUUGGGCUCACAAGUUAAUGCCAAAAAGUACAACUUGUUGAAUUGACUCCAAACAGGUGCCAAUGUUUUGUGCUAUUUUUGUGCCAUUUUGUGCUGCAAGCCCACGUUUUGUGCCACCCCCUAAACUGAGUAAUAGACACUCAAACCGGGGUCACAAGUAAAGAGCUAAAAUACCCAAACUGUUUGACUCCAAAGUCCAAACCAGUGCCAAAGUGUUGUGCUGGCUUUGUGCCACAAACCCAAAUGGCCUGGCCAAAUUUGCCUCACUUUUUCGUCUUGCAUGUUGAUUGCUGCACCUGGGCUUGACCCUCACCUUCUCCUCAAGCUAGCAAGCCCCACCUGGGCUGUGGGUCCUGGCCUGCCUUAGCCUCCUGGGGCAUACCUCCCACUGCCCCCUAUGCCUCAGGGCCCACCUUGUUCUGGCCUGAGACCUGUGGCUGUGAGUCUCGCCUGACCUGUCCCCUGCCUGGCAGGCAGGCCAUGUCCAUCUGGCCUAGGAGGGCAGCUGAGACCCAGACUGACUGAUGAAAUACAACUGAGGCAGCUGAACGGACCUUGGGGUUGGGGUAUGCUUCCAUGGCUCCAACUAUCUGAAACGUUUAAACUGUUUUUAACUGUUCUGAUACUUUUAAUUUAGUGUUUAACGGGGGUGGGUGUCGUUUUACUUGGGGUAGGGUGGGGUUGUCUUAAAUUGCUUUUAAAUUGUGAUAUGCUUUUAUGUUAAUUUGUAUUUGUGUUUUUAGUUCACUGCCACCACAGUGCCAUCAGCCACUUCGGUUUUUCUCUGGGUUUAAAUGACCCUUGAGGAAAACUCCAAUACAGCUUGAAAUUCAGGCUACUUGCAGAACAGGUGCUUUGCUUCUCAUGGACUGAGAGUGACUCUAUUUGUUGGAUAAAUUGAUUUACGUUGCUUUGCAUUGCCCUAGGCAACAUAAAGCAAGUAAGAAAGUCAGUCAGUAAGUAAUAAAUGAUUUGUCUUUUAGGAGACCUGCAUUCUGUCUCUGUAAUUUUUAGUAGACUGGCUCUUUGACUGUCUGUUUCAGGCGAAAUGCAGUGUGGGAAUGCACAUCACAAGCUCUGUAAUGUCAGCAGCUGGCACCAUUCUAUAUAUAAGUGAUCUGGCUUUCAAUCGAGGCAAUCCUUAUUAUUGGUCACAGGUAAGUGAAUGCAGCAUUCCGUGCAGAACUUCUUUUCUGGGUAGCAUCCAAGAAGGGCUCAAUUCAAAGUGGUUGUUUCGACCUUAUGCAGCUCAGGUCACCAGUUCCUCAAGGACCACACCUCCCCAUACGAAUCCAGACCCUGUGAUCAUCAUCUGAGGUCCUGCUCAGUGCACCCCCUCCAUGGGAGGUUUGGAGAGUAGCAACACAUUAGCAGGCCUUUUCAGUGGUAGCUCCCCACUUUUGUGGGAGGCUCAUCUGGCACCCUCUUUGUCCAGUUUUAGGAGCCAGACAAAUCUCGCACCCUCUUUGUCCCUUAGUUUGAAGGGUUUUUAAUAUCUGCAACUUCCUUUGACUGGGCAGGAUCUGCCAGAGCAGUCUUUUAUUUGUACAGAUGUGUUUGUUUUUUAGGUUUUUGUUUAUUCUGUUUAUUGUAAUUGAUUUUCGCAUAUCAAUUGUGUUUGUAAGUUGUUCUGAGUCACUUUUAUGAGUAAAGCAGCGAAUAAAUAAUAGAAUAAGAACAAGAACGCUAACAGUAAUAUGCAGUGCUUUUUUCUGGGGGGGGGAUGCAGGGGUACGCAUACCCCUAAACAUUUUGUGAAUCUAGGUUUGGCAUCAUUGAGGGGCAGUAUUUCAAUAUGGGUAUGAAAAUGAGAGUACCCCUAAACAUUUUUUUAGAAAAAAAGCACUGGUAAUACAUAUAAAGAGAUGGAAAAACCCACACACAGAGUUAUGCUUGCAGUUCCCACUGCCAAAGAGACCAGCUACUAUUUAAUCUUAAAGCCAACUAAUCUCUUCAGCAGUGGUAACCAAAUCAUUUAAAUAAUGCAGAUGGAAUCCAGAAAGAAAAUAAAGCCUGGUUACAUUUUACUGACGAAACUCAGCAGCAACAAUAAUUUGAGGAGAAAUAAACAGGGGUUUUCUCUUUGUUACUUCAGGCCUCAUUCAUAGCAGAGACAUUCAAACAAACAUGCAGAGGAAAAGCUCCCUCAGAAAUACACAGCCAAUCAGGGCAUAUACUACCUCAGCAAAUAUCAUGCCACUCUGCCUGGUUGCUAAGCAACAUCUCUACCACCCCCUCUUAGCUAGUUGAGUUUAACAGUAACAGAAUUACGGUAAUCCUUGAGUUGCACAUGGAAUGAUUUCUGCCGUUCUCCUUCCAACAAGUUCUAAGUGAAAAUAGCAAGCAAAGCUGAACCAUCAGAACCAUCUUGCUCCCAGAGUGGCUUAUAGGUCAGUGAAGGCAACACCUCCUCUGCCCUCAGGCUUAGAACAUCAAAAGACAUAAUACAAAUUUUAAAAGGCUAGAGAGGGGAGAGGGAUACACCAACUGAGGUGCCAGAUCCUUAAUGUUAACAAGGUUAUUAUAAUAAUCAACUAGAAUGGAAAUACAUUGCCUGCUGUUUCAGAAAACCUUUUGCUACCAGGAACCUAUUUUCUCAUGGUUGCACAUCUAAGGAAUCCAACAACAGGUCUACUGGCAGUUUUGUUGUGCAAGAGCUUGUGCUAGUUAGCACAGUGUUAGAUGCAGCCAGGGCUUCUUUCAGCAGGAACUCACUGGAACUGAGUUCUGGCACCUCUCUGGAGGACGCCAUUGGCAUUCUCAGAGAACAAGGGAGAAGUUCAUGGUGAGUUCCAGCACCUCUUUUUCUAGAAAAAUAGCACUGUGUGCAGCAUUAUAAUUCCCCACCCCAAUACAGUAGGUUUUCCCAUCUAUGUCAGGCAUAACUCAUGACCCUUUCCAAGGCAAAUUUUUCACUUACAUCUUCAACUCAGUAGGGUCCAGAAGAUGGUUACUUGCACACUUUCUAAUGUUGUGGCUGAGUUAGCUACAAGGGCUGAGAGAGAGAUUAAAGGUACUUCUUUUAUUUUGCAGAACAUAGGCUUUGGUCUCUCUUUCCUGCUCCUCUUGUUCAGCUUGCUGGAGUUCUGCAUCACCGUUCUGAUGUCACACAUUGGGUGCCAGGAGAACUUCUAUAAUCUUGAGACGGUAAGCGCUUGAUAACUUGCUUGGAGUUUAAGCAGAUCUUAUUGAGGAUCCCAAGGAAAACUUGACUUUUCAUUUCCCAUGUUUAUAUAUUCUAGCCUUUAAGGAGUGGCAUGGGUCUCUCUCUCUCUCUCUCUCUCUCUCUCUCACACACACACACACACACACACACACCCUGGAGCCUUCAUUACAUAUCUUUAGGCGCCAGGCAAAAACAUUUCUCUAUGACCAGGCGUCUGGCUGAUUAACAUUCUAUGGCCUUUUAAAUGUGUUUGUGGGAUACUGGUUUGUUUUUGUGCCAUUUGUAUUCUCAUUUUGUUUUUAAUAAAUAUAUAAUAAAAAUAAAUCAAGUAAAUAAAUAUUAACAUGGUGGUGUAGACAUUAACGGAAAAUGCAGUGAGGUCAUCCCCCCCCAUUGCAUUAUGUGCUAGAAAUGGGGUGAGGAUGUAUUCAUUCAAUGCACAUUACCUGCUCGGUUCCCCCACACCUGCAAUUCCUGUUCACUAAAAGCUGUCACCUGCACAUGUACUGUCAUCUGUGCAUGCACAUUGGCUAUUACAAAUGUAUACACCUUAAUUUAACUGUGGCUUACAUUUUCCAGUCAGAUGGAUUUGAGGGAAAACACGCCAAACACCAGCAUUUUUCAAGAAACUAUACAGGAUAGAUAUGGAUUGUGGUUAAUGUCAUGUGACCAUGGCUUCAGACACCAGCAGUGUGAGCACUCUGGAGCCAGAGUAAAUGGUAAUGCAUACACAGCCGAUAGGUCUCCCCAGUCCUAGUGCAAUACUGUAACCAUUACACCUAAAUUACUUUGUACAGAACUGUGAUAGAGCAAACUUAAGGGCAAACUCACACAAAACAGAAACCAAAAUGUAUUAAGGUAAUCCAUCAUGAUGACAAAGGUAAUAGCAACGACAAGAAAAGUACAGUGGUACCCCUGGUUGCGAACGGGAUCCGUUCCGGAGCCCCGUUCGCAACCUGAGCAGAACGCAAUCUGCGCGUGUGUGGGUUGUGAUUCGCCGUUUCUGCGCAUGCGUGUGAUGUCAUUUUGAGCAUCUGCGUAUGCACGAGCGGUGAAACCCAGAAGUAACCCGUUCCAUUACUUCUGGGUCUCCACGGGACACAACCUGAAAACGCUCAACCUGAAGCGUCUUUAACCUGAGGUAUGACUGUAUUUCUAAUACUGAAUUUCUGAAUUUCAAUGUUGCAGGCAAUGGUUUUUGUGCCAAACUCUGUCAGCAGUGAUGCCUUGAUUCCCUCAGAAAACAAUCUUGCUCCUCCACGCUAUGAUCCUAUGGAUUUUUCUCCAAAUACAGCAUAA